AUGUGCCGUAUCGUCGACUCGAACAACAUCCGCUUCGGCUCUGCUCCUCCCCCUCACAUGCCACAGCAGCAGAAUGGCCAAGCCUUCCCUCCUGCCCCCAAACCAAUGGAAAAGGCAGUCCCCGGCAUCACCAAGUUCGAGCUGGUGUUUAUCCUGAGCAGAGUUGGCUCGUCGCCUUACCCAUCCGCCGUCAAGGCGUAUCUCGAGGAGAACAUCGAUGCGCUUCGGAAGAAAGCUGAGAUGAACGCGCGCCAAUCGCGCCGUCUUUGUCGAACCACAUGCUUGAACCAGGUCUUUCUAAUUUGUCCUGUAUUGCGUGGGCUCGAGUAUCAGCAUAGUCUGAUCCUGGGCGCUGGACAGAGUGACUCACCGUUCGCCGUCAUGGAUUCCCCGCCUAUCUCCACCGAGUUCGAGCCUCUUGGAUCUGGACCGGAUAUCUCUGAUGCCGUCACUCACAAUCGUACCGUUGUUCGCACGAUGCUGCGGUCACCCGAAGCGCAUAGUCCGUCGCAUUGGGUGGAGGCAGAUAAUAUCAUUGACAAGCAGCUCUCCAUGGGCACCCUACUGCCCGUAAAGUAUAAAUACUCGAGAGUGGAAGACGUCGAGCUGAAGGAGGAUAUUGCCACGGCUCUCCGAUCGAUGACACCUCACCAAACCCAGGAUUCGUAUAUCAAUGUCACACAACUCAUGAGAACUAGAACGAGUAUAGCUGGCGGAUGUUUCGUGACACCGAUGACGACUUGUGCAUCGUCUACGAUCCCGCUAGGAAGCACCUGCCACGCGAUGCUCAGCACUUCCAGAUCAAGGCCAGAUGGGGAGGCCGCACCGAAAACGGCGCUUGUCCCGCAUGCAAGAUCGGCUUCGGUCAUCGUAUCUGCAUAUCUGUUCUCGACAUUUACACUUGUGAGCGCUGCGCCCUUCACGUCGCCGUCGCCGACUUUGAGCAAGCUGCCAUCAAUCGCGAGACUGCAGCUGCAGCAGAAUCUAAAGACUUGCGCUCUUAGCUUACCGCUGCUUAAAAGAAAGCAAGCGCAUGAUACGAUGGAUAUCGCAGUCGCCGUACAGACUUCUGGAUUAAUAGCCGAAAAGAAGGACUUACAAGAGCAGCUGGAAGAGACUCGUGAAGAGUCAUUAGCAGCGUAUAAGACAGAGCAAACUGCGGUGGCAGUCGCAGACAGCAUGGUAGUUCCAGUCCCUGGAACUCCAGUAUACGGAACUCAAAUAUCCCAAAAUGCGAGUGGAUUUUCGUAUGUCACGCCCACUGGCUCGACACAGCUGGCGAUCGCGAAAGCCACUGUCACGAGGGACAAAAAUCUCGCAUGGGCAUAA